AUGGCGACGUCGACCUUUGCCUUCCUUGACACUCUGACUCGUGAAGUACCCGACCGAAGACAUUCAACCGAGCAUUCCAGAGCGACCUCAAUUCCCUCGUCGCGAAAUGCGAGUAGCACCUCUUUGUCGUCUCGCAAAUCCGAGCCCGGCUGGUUCGGCGCAAUGAACAACGUGGAUCGAAGCCGCGCCAGCUCUGUCCCAGAACCGUCCUCGACAAAAUCGAGCAGCGGGUUGAGCAAGCUAUUUGGCAGGAAGGAGAAGAACAAGGAGAAGAAAGACACUGAUCACGUUGUCCUCACAUCGCGUCAUGCAGCGGCUGUCAAGACUAAACUGGCUCUGGACCCGAAAUACAAAAACGUGCAUAGAAACUCGACGGCGACGGAGGGCUCUUCGAGUUCCAAGAACAGCCAUGUUAAUGAGAUGAGGCGCCCGCACUCGGGAUCACCUUCGCUUCAUGCAUCACGCAACAAAACAGACUUGCCUGCGCUGACCCGUAUCGUCAGCGGCGACGAAGCUGAUGAACCAGAUGAGUGGGAGAAGAUGCGCGACGAAUGGCGGCAGCGCAAGGUUACUACACUGGACGCUCAGAUCAUCGAAGGCCAAGUGCUAGACAGUUCACAGUCGGGACAAGCUACACCCACAGAACAGGACACUAAGAACGUCGAAACACCACCACCACAACAAGCCGCCGAACAACGGGAGUCUAGGACCCUUUCGACUCCGGUCUUGAGCGAUGAUGAAUAUCAGCCACGACCAGCAAGAACCCAUACACCGAUUGGUGGUCGAUGGAAAAAGGACGAGAAGGGUGUUUGGAAAAGAUGA